GUUCACAGGCUCUGCCUCCUUGCCCUUCUUCCGCUUCAGCCCUGAGACUCUGGAGGUGCCGCCCCGCAGCGAAAAGACCAUGGAGAUCAUUUAUAGGCCCCUGGAGGAAGGUGAAGGAGACGCCGAGGUGAUGUUGAAGAGCCCGGAGUUGGGAACUUAUCCCUACACCCUGAACUGGCGCGCCACCCCUGCGGGCUUCGAACGGGCCUUGGUUCUGAAAGCACCGCUUGGUGGCUCAGUGGUGGAGAACUUCAAGUUCCUCCACUAUGCCAAGGAGACAGUGAAGUACAAGGCCAAAGUGGAGGCAGCACCCGGGCAGAAAGGCCCUGGAAGCGAUUUCUUCUUGGAGAGCUCAGAGGUCACGGCCACUGGCGCCACCGGCGAGCCGGUCCCCACGGAGCUGGGCGUGAAAUUCCAACCCUCGAUGCUGGGAGAAUGCCGGGCGCUGCUCGUGAUCAGCGGGCCUGGGGGUGGUGAGUACAAAGCAUUGCUCACUGGCUUCGCGCAACCACCGCAACCACAGGGUCCGAUUACCAUGAUGAACGGCAAGCAGGGUACGGUGGAGUUCCGAAACCCGUUCGACAAGCCCACGGACUUCUCUUUGCAGGUGGACAACCCCUGCUUCAUGGUGCCAACGAGAACACAAAGGAUCGACCCGCAAAAAUCAGUGCAGAUCUCGGUGAACUUCAAGUCUGAUAGGCCACAGGGAGGACGUCUCAUCAUUUCCUGCGACAAGGUGUCCACACCAUGGAUUUUCUUUCUGAAGGGAGAAGUGUAG